AUGAACCCUUUGUUCCCGCUAACCUCACCCGCCUCUUUCAUACGACUCUGGAUUCACGGAUGGCUUCGUUGGAAUCGAUCACUUCGCCUCUGUCAUGGUGGGGGUUAUGCUUUUGAUGCGGCCUACUAUCGUGACUUGCUGAGCAUAGACUCGCGACCGGUGGAUAGUGCGAAGGUUUCGCCGUUUUUACGGCCGACCACCAGUGCUACUCCAUACUCAGGCUGGCUUUCCGACGAAUCAAUUUUGUUUGCGGAAUCCCAGCCGACUGAUGAAAUGACAACCCCGGGUUGUCUCGCUUAUUGGAGCAAAAAUGCGUUCAUAUCGGAACUGCUCAAGCUAGUCCUGACGUGGGAAAAUUCACCUGAAUUUUGUGGUUCGUAG